UAAACACUCAGUCGUGUUUAAGUGUCCAUUCAGUAUCAUUCGACCUAUUACAACUCGUGAUGGUCUUGCUGUUUAAUAAAAAUAACAUGCAAUUUUGGAGAUUAUGCACACGGCAGAUAGCAACAACACAAAUCCGUUGGUUAAAUAUAAAUCAAAAUUCAAUGAAGACACCAAAUGCUAGCUUAGACAGAAUUUCGUCUGAACGAGGCACUGCAUGGAACAGUAAAUUUCUAAUCAGCGCAGAGAAAUACAAAGAGUUUUUGGAUUUGUUUCCUGUGGUCGUGAACGACGUAACGAAUAACACUACAAACCCACAAUUUGCUGAAGCAAAUACACGCUGCGAAGAACUUCUUCAUUAUCUCGCCCCCUUUGGUAAAAAAUUGAGGGGUUUCAUUACAUUCAUAGCUUACGAAGUUCUUGAAAAACCAGAGAAUCUUACACCGGGAAAUCGCAAAUUAGCAAUGCUCAUGGCUUGGGCUUUGGAAUUGAUGCAGACAGCUUCUCUUAUAGCUGACGACAUCAUUGACGAAGGGGUAAUGCAACGGGGCUCUCUCUGCUGGCACAGAAAAAAAAAUAUCGGAUUCAAAGCAGUUAAUGAUGCACUGCUUCUUGAACAAGUACCCUACUUAUUACUCAGAAAAUAUUUUAGAAAUCAUCACUGUUAUGUACCCUCGAUGUUGUUGCUUCAUGACAUUGCUAUGAGAACUUGUUUGGGAGAAGUAGCGGAUUGCCUGUCUGUCAAAGAUGGUAAACCCCAACUACAACUUUUCACAAUGGACAGGUUUAAACGUAUUGCUGAACACAAAACUGGGUUUUACACUUUUUAUUUACCAAUAGCUUUAGCCAUGUAUAUGGCAAACAUAUACGACCUGGAACUCCACAGAAAGUCGGAAGAUUUGUCUAAAGAUUUGGCAUUUCUGUAUCAAGUGCAGGAUGACUUCAUAGACUGUUAUGGUAACCCAGAGAAAAGUGGUAAAAAGGGAACAGAUAUUCAGGAAGGUAAAUGUACAUGGCUGGCUGUAAUGGCCAUGAAAAAAGGAAAUCAUUCUCAGAUAGAAACGAUGAAACAGUGUUAUGGUUCUACAGAUCCUGAAGCAAUAACAACAGUUUUAAACUUAUUUGAAGAACUAAAUCUGAAAGAUAUCUACCAAAGUUCUGUGGAUGAAUCUGUCAAUCAUAUACGAAAAAACAUCACGCAAAACAUCAGUAAUGAAAAUUUACAGGCAAUCUACUUUAAAAUUCUGAAAGCAAUUGAGCAAAGAUUCUGUUCAGCAAUUACAAGUGCGUAGGUUUUGGAUAAUGGAUGCUAACAAUUUCGCGAAUAUUUUUAACGAUAAAUUGACUAUUUUUUAACACAUAUGGAAAUUAAAUAAUCCGUAAUUAUUGCUUGUACAAAGUGCAUUAUAAUGUGUGAUGAUGGAAGAAUUGUUAAAAUAAAGAAAGUUUCUCAUUU